UUCCAUUGCACAUCGGUUCCACAUGAUGAGGGAGAGACACCCUGAACGCUUUAACAGCAGAACAAAGAAUAAACUGUGGUACUUUGAGUUUGGCACUUCUGAGACCUUCUCGGCCACAUGCAAGAAGCUCCACGACUUUCUGGAGGUUGAGUGCGAUGGCAUCACUCUGGACCUAGACAGCAUCUCUUUGGAAGGUAUCGCAAUUUUAAACAUUCCCAGCAUGCAUGGCGGCUCCAACCUGUGGGGUGAGAGCAGGAAAAGGCGGAGCAACCGCCGGGGAGGGAAGAAGACCCAGGAUAAGAGGACAACAGUGCUGGACCCCAAAGAGCUUCAAUUUGCUGUCCAAGACCCGUCAGACCAGCUGUUGGAGGUGGUGGGUCUGGAGGGAGCCAUGGAGAUGGGACAGAUCCAUAUCGGCCUGAGGAGUGCAGGAAGACGCCUGGCCCAGUGCUCCUCGGUCACCAUCAGGACUACCAAAGCCCUCCCCAUGCAGAUUGAUGGAGAGCCCUGGAUGCAGACUCCCUGUACUAUUGAAAUAGUGCAUAAGAACCAGGCCCCGAUGUUGAUGGGUCCCCCACAAGGCAACAGCUUCUUCUCCUCUGUGAUCCGACGAACAUGCAGCGAGAGCAAAGACUGAGAGAGAGACUUAGCCUUCGGCCUCUUCUCCAGAGAAACAAGCCCUCUUACCCAUGGAGGUCGCUAGGUUUGAUGCUAGGAUGCUAAUUUGUUAGCCUAGCUCCAUUUGGGUCGCUAGGUUUGAUGCUAGGAUGCUAAUUUGUUAGCCUAGCUCCAUUUGGGUCACUACGUUAUGAUGCUAGGAUUCCAAUUUCUUAGCCUAGCUCCAUUCAAUAGCAUACUGUAGCUGUGCAUGCUACAGCUGCCAUGGAAAUGUCAGUGCCCCCCUUACUUAAUUAGAGUGAGGAACAGAGGCUUUGGUUCAUGAUGUGGUGCCACUCCACAAUGCCAACGCAGUGGCAUUGUCCCACUGGAACAGUUUUUUACCUUCCCAGAUUACAACUUUAUACCGUUACGAUGGCAUGUUUUUUCGAAAUGUCAUUUUUAGAGAGGUCUUGUGCAACGUGCCAUGUGCGACACAUUUCUGUCAAUCAUUGAAAGUCAUUUGUAUGAGAAGGUAUUGAUUUAUGCUGCAUCAAUGUUUUUAAUGUGUUUGCAUUUGAACACCCCAAUGCAUGAUGGACUUUGGAUUACUGUUUAUGGGGUGAACAUAUCUUUCAGGGUGCAUAAGGACAGUGAUGACAUUGAGUUGACGUAUAGUAUAAGUGUUUGGUCUAAGGUAAAGUUUCAGGUUAUUUGCUUCGCAAUUCUUCGGGCACUGACUUUCUCUUCAAUGUUGACUUUAUCAGAGAAUGGAUUUAAGAAUCUUAAAGGCUUUGUUAGGUUUCCCACUAAACAUGUUUGACAGGUUGAUGCUCAAAUGUCUUGCAGCUGGAUCAUAUAAACUAUUUAUAUUAAGGAUCAUAGAACAAUGAAGGAAUAUUAAUUGGUAACAAAUGCAUGACACAUGUCACAUGACAUAUACACUUUUUCUAUAUUGCACGGGAUAUCCAGACAAUUUCUUCUAAUUGUGCUGUGCACAUCUUGAGUUGCAUGGAUAACCAAGAUCUAUUUUUGAACCUGUGGAAUUGUACUGUGUUGGUCAUUUUGAAAGUAAAACACUUUGUCAGGUUUCAACUACUGCCUUUCUCUCACACUAUAUGAAAUCAUAUCAACCUGAAAUCAACCUUUUGUGGUCAGGGAGUCCUGUUUUUCAAGGGCAGGUACUCAGGUAUUUUUAAGAUAUAAUCUUGCUCAAAGGUUUAAACAAUAACUAUUAUUAUACAAAAACCUUUCAAAGAAUAGAAUUGAGUACACCAUGUAGUAGUCCCGUGUAGCUUAGUUGGUAGAGCAUGGCGCUUGCAACGCCAGGGUUGUGGGUUCGAUUCCCACGGGG